CACCAACCCUAUCGAUCCAACACUUUCUUUUAUCCCAUUUAAUUCCACACAAUAAAAUCAUCACAACUUGUUUAUAACCACAUUUCUCCCUCAACAGCAACCACAACAAGAGAAAGAGAUAGGAGAAACAAAAAAAAAAGUGAAGAAGAAAAUGGAGAAGAGUGAUGAUCAUCACAAGACUAGCAACGGCGUUUCUUGGGAGGAUGGUAGUACGGGAAUCCGAACCGCCGAGACAAUGCUCCGUUUAGCUCCGGUGGGGCUUUGCCUUGCAGCGCUUGUUAUCAUGCUUAAAGACUCUCAGGAUAAUGAGUUCGGCUCAAUUUCUUACUCCAAUCUCUCAGCAUUCAGGUACUUGGUGCACGCAAAUGGAAUAUGUGCAGGCUACUCUCUUCUCUCAGCAGCCAUUUCUGCCAUGCCUGGUUCUUCUUCCACAAUGCCUCGUGUUUGGACCUUCUUCUGUCUCGACCAGAUUCUGACCUACGUGGUUCUUGCUGCUGGAGCUGUGUCUACUGAAGUUCUGUACUUGGCCUACAAAGGAGACGAUGCCAUUACAUGGAGCGACGCGUGCAGUUCCUUUGGUAGUUUCUGCCAUAGAGCCACCGCUUCUGUCAUAAUCACAUUCGUUGUGGUUUGCUUCUAUGUCGUUCUCUCUUUAAUCUCCUCUUAUAAGCUCUUUACUCGCUUCGAUCCUCCAGCUAUCGCUGACUCCAACAAAAACGUCGAAGUUGCUGCCUUCGGAAGUUGAUCAGUAGCUCUUUUAGUUAAGACAUCUCUAAUUUGUCAUGUUUACAUGUUUCUACUAUUAUCUUUUAACUUUGAUCAUGGAAGAUAAUGCUUUUGUCUUUGUCA